CUAAUUGAUGUGAUAUAUAGAUGAUGAUGUGGGGUUUGUUUCUCAAAAUAAAGCACGCUAUAGAAUAUAAAGAAGAAGGGUUGAGUUUGAGGAGCUGGUAGAUUCUGAACGUGGGCUGCGUUUUUAAUUUAUGGUUUGAAAUAACACACAAACUUGCAUAGCUAUUAGGUAGAGUUUGAAGGAAGUUGAUGGAUUUAUGGGAGCAACGGAUCAUUCAAUAUAUUUCAGCAACAAGCAAUCAACCCCUCUCUUAAUUGCCCUGCAAUUCCAACUCUUCCAUCAACUCUCUUUAUCUCCUCCUUCUCCUUCUCCUUCUCCUUCUGGUUCAAGAUGAUGGGCUCUUCUUAUAACACCACAAAAUUGACACUGUCCCUAUGUCUGAUGUUGGUGAUUUUGACCUUAAACUACACUGAAAUGGUUGGAGGACUAACCCAGCUGUCUUCUACUACUUCUGGACCUGCAGGAAGAAAGUUGCUUCAGACACAAAACGUCUCAGAACCUGCGAGAGAAUCAGAUGAUACUGUAAGGGUAGAUCCUUUAGAUAAUCUCAAGAAAUACAGAGGAGGAUAUGAUAUCAGAAAAAAGCAUUAUUGGAGUUCAACUAUAUUUACAGGUAUAUAUGGAUAUGCCAUUGGAGUGUUUUGGCUUCUGUGUGGUUUGGCUUAUGGAGGAUUUCUACUGGCAACUACUACUUGUUGUAAUAGUAACAAUAGAAAGCUGCAGAAGAAGAAGAAAGGAUCACAUUGUCACAACAAGUACUGUUAUCUCUGGUGGCCUAUUAUUCUAGCAACACUCUUCACUAUUCUAGCAAUAACUGCAUCUGGUUUAGUUCUUGGGGGAACAGUGAAAUUCCAUUCAAGAGCAAAGACAGUGGUGGACAUUAUUAUUGAUACGGCAAAUGAGGCAACCAAAACCAUAUAUAACACAACUGGAGCAAUGAAAGACAUUAGUACUAACUUACAAGGAACUAAUUCUUCAGAUCCCGAGGCUUCUACCUUCCUUAACACCACAUCUCAACAGCUUGACUCUACAGCUGCAGAUAUACAUAGACAAGCCAGAAAGAAUAGGCGUUUAAUCGACACGCUUCUAAAGAUAAUGUAUAUAGUAACUAUGGUGGUUAUUUCCUUGACCCUGACUGCUGUGAUAGCCCUAUCAGCCUUUGGAAUCCUCAAGUUACGACGGCCACUUCACCUGUUGUUAAUAUUGUGCUGGCUACUCACAGUCUUCUGCUGGUUGUUUUUUGGGAUGUAUUUCUUCAUAGAAAAGUUCGCAGGAGAUACCUGCACGGCACUCGAAGACUUCCAACAAGAUCCCUAUAACAGCAGUUUGAGCUCAAUCCUCCCUUGCGACGAGUUGCUUUCAGCAAAACCAGUCCUGUCUGAUGUCAGUGCCGGAGUUUAUGAUCUCGUGAAUAAGGUGAACGCAAACAUAACAGAAAUACAGGGAACAUCAUAUAUUCAGGUCUGCAAUCCUUUCUCAGGCCCACCGCAGUAUCAGUACCAGCCAGACAACUGCCCAACAAAUGCAAUUCCGAUAGGAGAUAUUCCUCAGGUUCUGAGACUGUUUACUUGUUCUGAUGAUGCCAAUAAUGGAACUUGCAAUGGAGGAGUAUACAUGUCAUCUACAGAUUUCAGAACAAUAGAGGCCUAUUCAAGUUCCAUUCAGGACCUGCUAAAUGCCUAUCCUGGUAUGGAAAGUCUGGUCGAGUGUCAGACUGUAAAGGAUGCAUUUACUGAAAUCCUUCACAAACACUGCAAACCAUUAAAGAAAAAUGCACAUAUGGUGUGGGCAUCACUGGUGUUUCUCUCCACCGUAAUGGUGGCUUUGGUUAUGAUAUGGAUAACUGAAGCUCAUCAUGAAAGAAAAUACCAUUUUUCAGAUGGGUCCGUGAAACCACAUUCUGUGGCAGCAAAUACUCUGGAAUCUGGAACAGCUAAAGCACUCGACAAUGAUUCCAAUCCUAAUUCAGUCCUGUAAACA